AUGCCAUUUCGUUUUUCUGUUUUGUUGUGCGUCUUUCUUGUGUUUCUUCUGUGCCCGGUGGUGAUCUACGCGCAUGCUUCCACUGUGCCGCGGACGGAGAAAAAAUACACCAUUCAUCUUCAGCCACUUACCGAGGGUUUGGGCGACGUGGGCGAGGAGCCGACCCUUGUUUCUGUGACUGAAACAACUUCUCUGUGGUUGCCUCGUGGCUCAGCUGAAGACAAUGACGAGCAUCUGACUUUUAAUGAAGACUUGGAUCCCUUUUGGGUACACGUCCUGCGUCGUCGUCGAUUUGAGUCGCUAGAGUGGUCGGGCUGCGGAGGGUCAUGGCGCCCCGACUGGAGCGUGACACUCCACGACACCAAUUCCUCUAUCAGUGAAAGCACGAGAAAACUCAUUUAUGAUCUCUCACAUCAUACCGUGUGUUAUUUUUCUGCUCUUUCCGCCUGUGGGUGGACGGGGCAGGAAGGAACGGACGGCUAUGUUGCUAAUAAUUCCGUCAGUCUCGAUGUUGAGGCGCAAGGUCAUCAUCAGUGGUUGGCGCAGCUUGUUUCCUCGCUAUUGUCCUCACCGUUGAGUUGGUCUAGGGUGACACCGCGGAAUAUACGUCCUGUCGGUGUACUUCACCCAGUCACUGGCCGUGUUGGUGCUGCUGCGGGUUUGGGGAACCGUCAUUGGUGCUCUUAUCAUCUCGCCCAACGUGAUACGGUGUGCACACAACACGUUAGCGCCAUUCUUAGCGGAGGACGCAGCGGAAAAGGUGUUGAGGAAAAAAUUCCAAAGGGCAUCUUCCGGGCAGGGUUGGUCACAAUGCAGGAUUUUUUUUCCUCUUCUUUCCAUCACUUUAAUUUUGGCGUGUCACAGUCGGAAAUGCCAGCGGAAAACAUGAAUGAAGAGACGGAGAUCCAACUACUUUUUCGCAUGGCGUUUGUUGCUCGAAAGGGCGACUUUGAUUUACUUGCAAAUCAUUGGAAACGGUCGCUUCCCACAUAUUCCGAUCGUCUCAUCUUCUUUUAUGGGUCCGAUGUGAAUAAAAAACUUCAGGACGCCAUACGAUCACUGCCGUCUUCCUCUCAUGUUGAGGGCGUCUCUGGAGACAAAGAGGCCUUGAAGAGCGAGAAGCGAAGCUUCAGCUCGGAGCUGGCACCCACAGCUCAUUAUUACAUCUCCAGCGUGGGACACGACCGCGGAACAUAUCGACUGGUUAUACAUCCACCGAUGAGAAGAACGAACACAAUAAGUGCCGAUGGGCACCACGAACCGGACCGAUGGAAUGGAUUGAGGGUGGGGGAUACAUUGGAUUCGUUGCUUAUUUUCCCUCUCCAUGUGAUUCGUCCAUCUCUUUAUGAAAUGCACUCGGGCCCAGACGGAUCGACAAUGUUAGAGAACGCGUUUUUUGACGACAAUGCCAAUGCUCUUUUGGUAUUAUUGAAAACUGUACUUACGGAAACUCAUGUAAACUUGCUUCAUAGAAGUAACAAUAACAACGGCACAGCUCCGUAUGGUUUUGUUGUUUGUGAAUUUCCAUUUAGGUUUGGUUGGGCUGCACUGAAAGACAUGCCUCAUGAUGCGAACAGCCAUCGAAUUCUCCCACAGCCAGUCAUUCGCGUUGGUCGACGCUUUGAAAAAACUGAACUUAAAAAAUUUGCCGGCUUUCAUUCCGCCAAUAAUAAUGGGAAUAAUCGUUGGUCUGACCGUUGCCUGGCUUCUCAAUGUGCUUCUUUUGCCUCAAUGCAAAUUGAUCACCAGGCAUCAUUAGAGCGCCUCACGGACUCCCUUUUUCGGAAUCAUUCUCGGAGUGAAAUUGGCUCUCCUUGUUUCUGCUACUAUUGGCUUCGAUGUAGCAAUGUUGCUGGCACCACCAUCCCUGCCCCUGAUCCGGCGAUGGUGUUCAAUGUCAUCUCACUGGGUGUGUUCUUCUCUGGGGUUUUGACGGCCGGUGUAAGUCGUAUCACACGAAUGAUGUUUGACAGAAAGGAAGGACAAGACUUCGGUGAAGAAGGAUCCACACGAAACCGCUCGAUUGACGUUGAAGAAAAGAAGCAAAAAAAAUAG